CUCUCCUCCUCCAUCAGCAUCUCACGGCUUCCACCAAUGGCGGCGACGAGCGGAGCUCCAUCCACACGCCCUGCCCCGCCUAUAAAUACAGCUGGUGGCAAAGCGGCGAGUCUUGGUCGCCAGAAUUGCUCAGGGUUGCAGCGGAACCCCCCCGCUCCCCCCCUCGCUCCUCCUCCUUCGUCUUCUUCCCAUCCAUCGUCUUUCCUUUUCUUUUUUUUUUUUUUUUUGCUUUUCGAUUCAUUUUGGAAGGAAAGGCUGCGCACGUACGCGUUGGGGGCUGGGAGGAGAGGGGUGUGGGGGGGUGUACUCGGCGGCCACUUGCAUGCAUUGUUCGUCUCUCAAAAUGGUUUGCGAGACUAAAAUAGUGGCGGACGAACACGAUGCUAUACCCGGGAGCAAAAAGGAGCCGAUGAUGUGGAGCGCCGCCUCGUCCGCGUCCGCGACCGGCGAGGCCAAGGAAGCGAGGCGGGACGCGGUGUUCAUCCGCGAGUUCGAGCGCGGCGACCAGGAGGAGGUGCGGCGCAUCUUUUACGAGGGCAUCAUGGAGAGGAUCCCCAACACGGCGUUUCGGGGGCUCGCCCAGCAACCCCGAGCGCAGUUUUGGUACGCGCUUCUCACAGUCAUGUGCUUUUUUGUGACCAAAUCGCUGGCGCUGACCUGCUGCGCGCCGCUGGCGCUUCUGGCCGCGCGCUACUACUACAGCGGGAAAGUCAUCCACAGUUACCUGGACCACGCCUUGCACACGGACAUGGCCGACAUCGAGGCUUAUUACAUGAAACCUGCAGGCUCCUGUUUCUGGGUAGCAGUGCUGGAAGGCCGCGUGGUGGGCAUCGUGGCGGCGCAAGGCCGCGAGGACGACAACGCGGUGGAGCUGCGCCGCAUGUCGGUGGAUUCCCGCUACCGCGGCAAAGGCAUCGCCAAGGCCCUGGGCCGCCGCGUUCUGGAGUUCGCCGUGCGCAACGACUACGCGGCGGUGGUCCUGGGCACCACGGCGGUCAAGAUGGCCGCUCACAAGCUGUACGAGUCGCUGGGUUUCCGCCGAACGGGCCAGAGCGAGGACUACAGGCUGCCCGGAACGAGCCGCUCGGCCGCCGAGCGGCUCUUCUUCCAGAUCCGGCACAGCAGGUACCGCCUGCAGCUCCGUGAGGAGUGAGAGGUAGCGCGAGACGGAAGAGAGAGCCACAGAGCGUCUCUGACAGUUUUGAUUUCUUUUGACAUCCGGUCAUUAUUUACUUUCAAGUCACUAACAAUUACUGCCGCUUGGUACUUUUGUUGUUGUUGCUUUUUGGAAUACCGUUUGACAUUUCCACUUUUUUUUUUCCUCUCCAUUUUUUGGGGGGGUGGGGGG